AUGAGUAAUGGAAUUCCCAACAACUCUACUGGUUUAGAAGACCGGUUCGCUUCUCUCGGCGUCAAUGGCACUAGGUCUGCCUAUGUUCCCCCGCACAUGCGUAACGUGCGGGCCGCGUCUUCCCCUGUUAUCCCUCCCGUCUCUAACGCUAACGCUGGCGCUGGCGCUGGGAACGGAUGGGGCGGGCCCCCUCCUUCUCGUGGUGGCUUUGGCGGCGGCUAUGGCGGCGGUCGCGGCGGCUCCUUCGGUGGUGCUCCCCGCGGCGGACCCCGUGACGGCUGGUCUGGCGGCGGCGGUGGUGGCUACAGCGGUGGCAACCGCGGUAACGAUGGCUACGGCUCUUGGCGCGAUGGGAAGCACGUCCCCGGCCCGCGCAACCCGCGCACUGAGAAAGAGCUCUACGGCGACGCUGCCGACCCGUCGAAGCAGCACACCGGUAUCAACUUCGAAAAGUACGACGAUAUUCCCGUCGAGGCUACCGGCGCGGGUGUUCCCGAGCCGGUGAACGAGUUCACGAACCCGCCUCUCGACCCGGUCCUCCUUGAGAACAUCGCCAGCUCUCGCUACACCACCCCGACGCCCGUCCAAAAGUACUCUAUCCCCAUCGUCGCCGCUAAGCGCGAUUUGAUGGCCUGCGCUCAGACUGGUUCUGGCAAGACGGGCGGUUUCCUUUUCCCGAUUCUCUCGGCUUCGUUCGCGAAUGGCCCUCUGCCUCCCCCGGCCGACACUGGACACUCGUACUCGCGUGGUCGCAAGGCUUACCCCACUGCGCUUGUCCUGGCGCCCACCCGUGAGCUCGUCAGUCAGAUCCACGAGGAGGCCCGCAAGUUUGCCUACCGUUCCUGGGUCCGCCCGGCUGUCGUGUAUGGCGGUGCAGACAUCAACCAGCAGCUUCGUCAGAUCGAACGUGGUUGCGAUCUUCUCAGCGCCACUCCCGGCCGUCUUGUCGAUCUGAUCGAGCGUGGCCGUAUCAGUCUUGCGAACAUCCGCUACCUCGUUCUCGACGAGGCUGACCGCAUGCUUGACAUGGGUUUCGAGCCCCAGAUUCGUCGCAUCGUUCAGGGCGAGGACAUGCCUGGCGUCCAUGAGCGCCAGACCCUGAUGUUCUCCGCCACCUUCCCACGCGACAUCCAGAUGCUCGCCAAGGAUUUCCUCAAGGACUACAUCUUCCUCUCUGUCGGUCGUGUCGGCUCCACGUCGGAGAACAUCACCCAGAAGGUCGAGUACGUCGAGGACCAGGACAAGCGCUCCGUUCUGCUCGACCUCAUCACUACGGGUGACAGCGGUCUCACGCUCGUGUUCGUGGAGACCAAGCGCAUGGCCGACAUGCUCUCCGACUUCUUGCUCACGAACAACUACCCGGCUACUUCGAUCCACGGUGACCGUACCCAGCGUGAGCGUGAGAUGGCUCUCCAGACCUUCCGUACCGGUCGCACGCCCAUUAUGGUUGCCACUGCCGUCGCCGCUCGUGGUCUCGAUAUCCCGAACGUGACCCACGUCAUCAACUACGACCUGCCGUCCGACAUCGACGACUACGUUCACCGCAUUGGUCGUACUGGUCGUGCCGGAAACACGGGUAUCUCAACCGCCUUCUUCAACCGUGGCAACAAGAACAUCGUCCGCGACCUCGUUGAGCUUCUCCGCGAGGCCAACCAGGAGAUCCCUGACUGGCUCGAGUCCGUCGCCCACGAGAGCACCUUCGGCGGUGGCGGUAGCUACCGUGGCCGUGGUGGUCGCGGAGGAGGCCGUCGCGGUGGUGCCGGCUUCGGUGGCCGCGACGCUCGCCAGGGUGGUGGCUUCAGCGGUGGAGGUGGUGGCUUUGGUGGCAACCGCUCUGCGAGCUACAGCAGCGGCCCCUCGUACGGCGGAGGUGGAGGUGGAGGCUAUGGCGGCGGAGGCUACAGCGGUGGUGGUGGAGGCGGCGGCUUCUGGUAG